UAUAUAUAGAGAGAGAGAAAGAAGAUCUAGAGAGAGAGAGGUAAAAAAUGGAAAAUAAAGAAGAAGCGAGAAAAGGGCCAUGGACAGAAGAGGAAGAUGCCCAGCUGGUACUUUACGUGAACUUGUUCGGCGAUCGCCGAUGGGAUUUCAUAGCAAAAGUAUCAGGUUUGAAGGGUUUGGCGGGAGACACUAUAUAGGUCUGAAAAGAACAGGAAAAAGUUGCAGGCUCCGUUGGGUUAACUACCUUCACCCGGGCCUCAAAAAAGUCAAGAUGACUUCUCAUGAAGAACGACUCGUUCUUGAACUUCACUCGAAAUGGGGAAACAGAUGGUCGAGAAUUGCAAGAAAAUUACCUGGUCGGACCGAUAACGAGAUCAAGAACUACUGGCGGACCCACAUGAGGAAGAAGGCUCAACAGAGCAAGAAGCAGAAGAAAUCCAUUUCUCCGAUAUCAUCUUCGGAUAACUCUUCAUCAUCCUCAUCGAUAUCCAAUAGCCCUACUACGGAGGAUUUUACUCCGGCAAAGGAGACGAGUUUUUACGACACGGGCGGUGUGGAAAUAAAGGAUUUGAUGAUCCCUGCUGCUGCUGCUGCUGUCGAGCCUGGAGAAAGCAAGAAAAACGGUGUGGAGUUAGCAAAAAGCGGCACCAAGGAGGUGUAUUCCAUGGAUGACUUAUGGAAAGAAUUCGAGUUUUCGGGGGAAAGAUGCGAGCUCACAUGGCAAACGGUGGUCUCCCCCAUAUGGGAUUACUGCCCAUCGAAUGAUGACUCCUUCUUGUGGUCCAUGGAUGAAGAAGACGAGAAAAGCAAGAUGCUGAUGCAGCCAAUGGGUGAUCAGUUUUAUUCUUUUCCUUUUUACAAUUAUAAUAUAUGACUGGCUAAGAACCUUAAGCAAGUUCAUUUUUUAGUUAUUAUAUUAAAAGGAAUUGGUUCGUAGAAGUUAGGUCUCACUAGGGUAAGAGAGUUCUUAUUAACUGUUGUACAGUUUCAUAUCUAUUUUUCUUCAGCAGUUAUGUGAUCAAGUACGUUGUAAUAUACCGAUCAUCUAAUGUAUGAAUGUGAAAUAAUUUGUUUCUUGCUUGUAUAAC